CCUAAACCUACUUAGGGUUCUAGAGUUUGUCGAAUUUUCAUCAGCCGCUUGAUCAGUUUUCAACCUUUCAUAUCAAAUGGGGAAGUCUUCAAAGAAGUCCACUAAGGUUGAUGCCGUUGCGGUUGCUGUGUCUUCUCCGAUCAAAUCUUCGAAGAAAGGUAAAAGAGAAGCCGAAGAUGCGAUAGAAAAGAAACAGAGCGCCAAGAAGCAGAAGAUAGACGUUGAGCCUGUGAAGGUUGUUAAGAAGAAGAUUGUCAAGAAAGCGGAUACAAGUAGCUCCGAUGACUCUUCUUCAGAGUCUGAAGAUGAAAAGGUUAAAAAAGCAGCAAAGAAAACAAAGGCGGUAGCAAAGCCACCUGUCAAAGAGUCCAGUAGUGACGAUUCGUCCUCUGAAGAUGAUGCACCUCCCAAAAAGGUGGAACCCAUCAAGAAAUCUGUUGCCAAAAAAGUUGAAUCUAGCAGUUCAUCCUCUGAUGAUUCUUCAGACGAAGAAGAACCCAAGGUUGUAGCUGCUUCAAAGAAGGCUCCUAUUCCAGCACCGAAGAAGGUGGCUUCAAAGAAAGCUGAUUCCAGCAGUGAUGAUUCCGAUUCAGAUGAUAGCAGUUCUGAUGAAGAUGAGAAGAAAAAGCCAGCUGCUCCAGCUAAGAAGCCUGCAGCUGCUCCAGUUAAGAAGCCUGCAAAGGCAAAGGAUUCUUCUGACUCUAGCUCUGACAGCUCUUCAGAUGAAGAUGAUAAGAAAGUGUCUGCUCCUGCUAAAAAUGGAUCUGCUGUAGCCAAAAAGGAGUCAUCAAGUGAUAGUUCUGAUGAUUCAGACUCUGAUUCUGAUACCCCUGCAGCGAAAGCUGUAACCAAGAAAGCAACCAAGGAAGAGUCAUCUAGUGACAGUGAUGAUAGUAGCUCUGAUGAAGAAGAAGCAAAACCCAAUUUGAAGGCAGCUAAAGACGCAAAAAAGAGUGAUUCAUCUGAUGAAGAAGAAUCUAGUGAUGAAGAUGAACCUGCUAAAACUCCAAAGAAGACCUUGAAGAGUGGUGAUGUUGAUAUGAAAGAUGCUCAAACACCAAAAUCAGAAACAAAGCAAGCUCCCCAGACCCCUGCUACUCCACAAGAUGGAUCAAAGACUCUAUUUGUUGGGAACCUGUCUUACUCUGUGGAACAGACAGAUAUUGAGGCUUUCUUUAAAGUUGCUGGAGAAGUAGUGUCUGUACGUUUUGCAUCUGAUGCUGAGGGAAACUUUAGAGGUUUUGGUCAUGUUGAGUUUUCUUCUCAUGAAGAGGCAAAGAAGGCAUUGGAGUUGAAUGGUCAACCAUUAGUUGGACGCAAUGUCAAACUUGAUUUGGCCAGAGAGAGAGGUGCUGCUUACACACCAGCUAGCGGUAAUGAGAGGAGCUUUCAGAAGGGAGGUGGUGAACAGGGAAAUACCAUAUUUGUUCGUGGAUUUGAUGCUAGUACUGGUGAAGCUCAAGUGAGAAGUGCACUUGAGGAACAUUUUGGUACCUGUGGAGAGAUCACAAGGUGCCAUAUCCCCAAGGACUAUGAUACCAAUGAGGUCAAAGGGAUUGCAUACAUGGAUUUUGCUGAUAAAGAAAGCUUCAACAAGGCAUUAGAAUUCAAUGGAGAGUCACUUGGAGGUUAUAGUUUAACUGUUGAAGAGGCUAGGCCAAGGGAUCGUGAUGGUGGAGGCGGUGGAAGAGGUGGUGGUGGAUUCAGUGGCGGUAGAAGUGGUGGCCGAGGUGGCAGAGAUGGAGGUGGUAGGUUUGGUAGUGGCCGAGGUGGUGGUGGUAGGUUUGGUGGCGGUGGCAGAGAUAGCGGUGGUAGGUUUGGUGGUGGCAGAGGUGGCGGUGGUAGGUUUGGGAGCGGUGGUCGUGGUGGUAGAAGUGCUAAACCCAAUUUGGCUGCUCCUGGAACAGGCAAGAAGACAACAUUUGGUGAUGAUUAGAAGCUUUUGCUGCUCAAGUGUAUGAUCAAUCAUGGAAUGUCUUGAAAUUUUGGAUUGUUUUAAGUUUUGAACAUUUUAUUUGUUGGAAGUAUUUUAUAUCUAUUUUACUAUUCAUUAAACUUUGGAAUUA